AUGGAAAAUAAUCGUGGCCCUACACUCGUUAUUCACGGAGGCGCUGGAACUAUAGUUAGGAAUAAUUUUACGGAGGAAAAACAACAGGAAUAUCGGGAAGCUUUGAAGAAUUCACUUAAAGUAGGAUAUGAAAUUUUGGCUAAAGGAGGAAAUUGUCCUCUCUUUAACGCUGGCAAAGGAUCAGUAUUUACUAAAGGAGGCAAGAAUGAAUUAGAAGCCUCAAUCAUGCUUGGUAUUUCAUCCCAUACAGCGGGAGCAUGCACUUUACUCCACACAAUAAAGAAUCCAAUAAUUCUAGCAAAAACUUUAUUACUAGAUCCAGAUAAUCCUCACGUAUUUUUAGGUGGGAUUGAAGCCGAGAACUAUGCAAAAUCAAAGGGAUUAGAAAUAGUAGACCCUAGUUAUUUCUUUACAAAAUUAAGAUGGAAACAACAUUUAGAUGGAUUAGAAAAAGGAAAGAUUUCAAAAAAUUCAGAAAAUAUGAUUUCAGUUAUAGGGGAAGAUAUAAAUGAUGAAUUUAAUCAGGAUCCGACGGGAACUGUUGGUGCAGUCGCUGUUGAUGCGAAAGGAAUUAUUGCAGUUGCUACAUCUACAG